AUUUACAAAACAGAAACAGACUCAUGAAUGAACUUAUGGUUACCAGGGGGGAAGGGAUUGAUAGGGAGUUUGGAACUGACAUGUACACACUGCUAUAUUUAAAAUGGAUAACCGGGACUUCCCUGGUGGUCCAGUGGUUAAGACUCCACGCUUCCAUAGCAGGGGGCAUAGGUUCGAUACCUGGUCAGGGAACUAAGAUACCACAUGCCGUGUGGCAUGACCAAAAUUAAAUAAAAUUAAAAGAAAAUAAAAAUGGAUAACGAACAAGGACCUACUGUAUAGUACAGGAACUAUGAACAACCUAAAUGGGAAAAGAAUUUGAAAAAGGAUACAUGUAUAUGUAUAACCGAAUCACUUUGCUGUACACCUCAAACUAUCACAACAUUUUUAAUCAACUAUACUCCAAUAUAAAAUAAAAAGUUAAAAUAAAAACAGAAGUAGAGUCACAGAUGUAGAAAACAAACAUGUUUACUGGGGAAUAAGGCGGGAGGGAUAAACUGGGAGAUUGGGAUUGACGUAUACACACUAUUACAUAUAAAAUAGAUAACUAAUAAGAACCUACUGUAUAGCACAGGGAACUCUACUCAAUACUCAGUAAUGGCCUAUAUGGGAAAAGAAUCUAAAAAAAGAGCAGAGGGCUUCCCUGGUGGUGCAGUGGUUGAGAGUCCGCCUGCCGAUGCAGGGGACACGGGUUCGUGCCCCGGCCCAGGAAGAUCCCACAUGCUGCAGAGCGGCUGGGCCCGUGAGCCAUGGCCUCUGAGCCUGCGUGUCCGGAGCCUGUGCCCCGCAAAGGGAGAGGCCACAACCAUGAGAGUCCCGCGUACCGCAAAAAAUAAAAAUUAAAAAAAAUUUAAAAAAAUUUAAAAAGAGUGGAUAUAUGUACAUGUAUAACUGAUUCACUUUGCUGUACACCUGAAACUAACAACAUUGUAAAUCAACUAUACUCCAGUAAAAAAUUUAAAAAAAAGUUAUUAGCCAUGUGACCAAAAGCAUGAAUAUAAAAGAAAAGACUGAUAAAUAAAAUUUCAUCAAGGGACUUCUCUGGUGGCACAGUGGUUAAGAAUCUGCCUGCCAACACAGGGGACUCGGGUUCGAACCCUGGUCUGGGAAGAUUGCACAUGCUGCGGAGCAGCUGAACCCAUGUGUCACAACUAGUGAGCCUGCACUCUAGAGCCCUCGAGCCACAACUGCUUAGCCCACGCGCCACAGCUACUGAGCCCAUGCAGUGCAAAUACUGAAGCCCACGUGCCCUAGAGCUUGCGCGCCUCAACUACUGAAGCCCGUGCGCUCUAGGGCCUGCAUGCCACGACUACUGAAGCCUGCACUCCACAACAAGAGAAGAAGCCACCACAGUGAGAAGUCCGUGUGCUGCAACGAAAUGUAGUCCCUGCUUGCCACAACUAGAGAAAGCCUGCGCGCAGCAACGAAGACCCAAUGCAGCCAAAGAAAAAAUUCAUCAAAAUUUAAAACUUUUGCCUGUUAAAAGGGUGAAAAGAAAAGCUAUAGACUAGAAAAAUAUUUGGAAACCCUAUAUUUGACAAAGGACUCCUAUCUAAAAUAUAUAAAGAACUGUCAAAACUCAACAGAGGGCUUCCCUGGUGGCGCAGUGGUUGAGAGUCCGCCUGCCGAUGCAGGGGACACGGGUUCGUGCCCCGGUCCGGGAAGGUCCCACAUGCUGCGAAGUGGCUGGGCCCGUGAGCCAUGGCCACUGAGCCUGCGCAUCCGGAGCCUGUGCUCCGCAACGGGAGAGGCCACAACAGUGAGAGGCCCGCAUACCGCAAAAACAAAACAAAACAAACAAACAAAAAAAAACUCGACAGAAACAACUCAAACAGUCUAAUUAGAAAAUGGGCAAACAACAUGAAGACACAUUUCACCAAGAAAAGAUAUACAGAUGACAAAUGAAAAUAAGCACAUGUGGACACUCAUCAUAUAAUCUAGCAUUUGCACUUUGGAGCAUUUAUCCCAGGGAAAUGAAAACUUAGAUCCACACUAAAACCUGUGCAAAAUGUUCAUGGCAGUUUUAUUUGUAAUAGCCCGAAGUUGUGAACAAACUCAUGUUCAUUAACAUGAAUGGCUAAAGUGUGGAACAUCCACAUUAUGGAAUUCAACACACCAAUAAAAAGGAACACACUAUUGAUGCAUACAAGAACUUGAAUGGAUCUCAAGGGCAUUAGGUUGAGUGAAAAAAGCCAAUCUCAAAAAGUCACAUACUGUAUGAUUCCACUUACAAAGCAUUCUGUAAAUGACAGCAUGAUAUGGAGAACAGAUUAGUGGCUGCCAGGGAUUAGGGACGGUGAGGAGAAGGGUGUUGGGUAUGACUAGAAAGGGGUGGCAUGAGGGAGCUCUUCAUGAUGAUGGAAUUGUUCAGUAUCUUUAUUGUGGCGGAGGUUACACAAGUCUAUUCAAGUGAUAAAAUGGCAUAGAACUAAACGUACACAUUGUACAAAUGUCAGUUUCUUGGUUUUGGUAUUGUAUUUAUGGUUAUAUAAUAUGACAUAAUGAUUAGGGGAAACUGGGCCUCUCUGUAGUAUUUUUGCAACUUCCUAUGAGUCAAUAAUUAUUUCAAAAUACACUUAUGUACUUUAUAUAUUUUAUUCAAAAUAUAUAUACGUAUACCCAGACUUAGCCAUGUGUGGUCCACUAGCCCCAAGUUGCUUUUAAAAUUAAAAUUAACUAAAAUAAAAUUUUAGUUCCUUGAUCACACAAGUCAUGUUUCAAAUGCUCAUGUGGCUACCUUAUACUAUAGCACAAAUAUAGAACAUUUCCAUCAACACAGAAAGUUCAACUGGCACAACUGCUUUAGACAAAUCAAUAAUGCCAUUUGCCAUACGUGUGGGCACCUACACAUUUCUUAGUGAACUAUCUUAAAAUUAUAAAUCAAAAGACAUUAGUAUGUACCAGCAAAAUUUAAAUAGAAAAAAAAUGGAUUUAAUGUGAUGCUUUUAAAAGCUACCAUGAUUUUUGAGGCUAUACCCCAUAUUUUAAUAAGAAAAGGGAAUGAAACAUUUGCUUCAUGUUUGAAAUAGGAAUAGGUUUUUUUCCUUAUCUGCCAAGGCAGUUGCACUUUCUUUCCAUAAUCACAAUAUAGAAUAUAUAGGCAAUGGGCAAAAUAGAAGGGGUGGACAGGUAGGGGAAAGAGGUAUCAGCAGGAAAAAUACUUUAAACAUCCCAUAUUUUUUGUUAUUUUCUGUUUCUUAGUGACCAGUUUACCAAUGGUAGCUUACUAUUGCAGAGGAAGCAUGGUUUAGCGACCAGACCUUAAACCAGAAUUCUAUUUCUGGUUCAAAGUGACCUUGAGGGAAGUGACUCUUCUCAUUCUCAUAACUAAUAAGCAAAUUAAGAUAAAACUGACUAUUGCUCUGGUGGACUAUAGGAUGUUAUUCUAAAAUUAUUCUAAUGUUUUAGGCUAUGUAUAAAACUCUUCACUUACAAGUAGAUUAAAUACAAAGUUUUGAGGAACUUACUCAUGGCAAGAGUCACAUGAAGUAGAAAGAGGAAGUUUGUUUUAGCAGGCAUGAACAGUUUUAGUAUUUGAGUUUCGGGGUUAAAGUCAAGAAAACUCAGACAUAGGGUAAAAGUUUUUCUUAUCCUUUCACAGGUUAGUAAUUUUGGGAAAACUUUGGGAGAAUGGCAGGCAGUUUGCAUUUUAGAUAUCAGGUUUUGAAGUUAAAAAGUCCAGGGUUUGAAUUGCAGCUCUGCCAGUUACUGUCUAAGUUAUUUAACUUUAGUUCUCAGUUUUACCAUCUAUACAAUGGGGCUAAUUAAUGCCUUUUUGUUAGGGUUGUUAUGAGAAGGGUAUAUAAUAAUACAGAGCUGUAAUUACUGAUCAUAAUAUUAAUUUUAUCAAGACAUGGAAUGGAAUGACGGUGGUGUUAGGAGCAAACAAAUAGCUUUGUUUGCUCUUUUAUGAAGAUUUAUUUUUAGCCACAUAAUAAUGGUUUUCUUGGGGGAGUACUAAUUUUGGCUUUAUAACAAAUUGGUUGAUAUUGUGGUUCCUAAAGCUGUUCUUAAUGUGUGGCUAAAUUGAUCAAAAUCACUUGAUUUAAAGCCAAGAGGGAUAAAUCUGUUUUUGUAAAAUCUAGCAGACCAAAGUAUAAGCAGAAAACUAAGACAAAUAAAAGCACACAUUUAUGAAAUUUUAUUUCAGUGCAAUACCUGUAACAUGUUUCUACAGCUAUAUUCACAUAAUAUCUGAAUGAACAGUGAAAGGGUUUACUUAGGGGCUUCCCUGGUGGCGCGGUGGUUGAGAGUCCGCCUGCUGUUGCAGGGGACAGGGGUUCGUGCCCCGGUCUGGGAAGAUCCCACAUGCCGCAGAGAACGGCUGGGCCCAUGAGCCACGGCCGCUGAGCCUGCGCUCUGCAACGGGAGAGGUCACAACAGGGAGAGGCCCGCGUACCACAAAAAAAAAAAAAAGAAAAAAAAGAAAGGAUUUACUUAAUUAUAAAGAUAUAUUAAAAAUCUACAAUGUACAAUGUCAAAUUAUCAGAAAACGUUCCAUAUGAAUUUUCUUUUUCUUUGCCUGCUAAACUGCUAAACCAUUGAAAAAGAGGUCAAGAACCAGAGCCAACAUACUUAUUUGGAUCCUUCCAGCCCUGGUACACUGCAGCAGAGCAGAACAGUUCCAGUUUCAGCCAGUCGUUCACUGGCAUGUGGUCAGUUUGAAGUUUCCUGCUGUAUUCCUCUAAACUAAAGAGAAGGAACCAAAAAUGCUGACGUCCUCAUUUGACUUCAUCACUCAUGCCUGAGCACAUACACCAACACUUCCUGUGCAAAACCUACCCUGACUCUGCAGAGGACACUCUCAGCCCUCAGCUGAUCUGGGUAGGGAUGCUGGCUUGGGUUGGUGAAGUUUGGAAAGCAUUAGCCCUCGGUUGGAUACCUCACACUGUAUGAACAUGCCAUGUCUCAUUACUAUGCCUUUCAUUUCAUAGAGAUAAGCUUUCAGAGCUUAUAAUAACAAUAUUCAUUGAUAGUAAGUGAUUGUUACAGGCCAGUUAGUAGCUCUCAAGACCAUCACCCUGUGAAAGUUAUACUGGAUGACAGCACGUUUAAGAAAGAGCUAAUUUAGAAAUAUAAUGCUAUGGAAAUUGAAAUGAAAAAAAUGUAUCAGAAUAUCUGAAAUGUAUAUAUCUUGUCUCUCUCAUAUCAGUAUGUCCGUAUCUAUCCUACCUUAACACUCCUGGCCUCAGUUUUCUUAUCCAUACAAAGGGAGGAUUUCUAAAUUUCUAAGGCUUUGUGAUUUUAGCAUGUGUUUCUCCAAGUAGUUUUCUCCAUGUUUCCACUUCUUGGUUCAUAAGCUACAUUAAUGUUUAUUUUAUUCUACCUGUCAAAAUUUCCUCAAGUACUUUAAGGUAAUACACUAUUUUCAGUUUGUUAUUCUUUCAGAAACAGAAUAAUUUGAAGAAGUGCUGUUGCAAAGUUGUACUGAGUCUAGAUAUUAUAGUUUGAUUCUGACUACACCAUCUAAAUAUCACAUGAAAGGGAAAUUAGAAUUUGGGUUAUUAUGUAAAUGUUAAAUCCAUGUGGUGAUAAACCUUAGAUGUUUUGAGACGUCUAUGUUAUGUGAUACAUUAUCUAAAACAUUGACUUUAAUUAGUAAUUUUCUCUUACAAGCAUGGCAGGGAUGGAAAGUUUGCUCAUUGGUGCCUCUCCUUUAAAAUCCUGAUUUUUUUUUUUUUUUUUAAAUGAAGAAGUCAUUUGGAAUUGCUAGUAACCUGGGAAGGAAACAAAGUCCCUUUGCUUGGGGGGACCUUGGUUUUGCUAUUCAGCAUUUCUUAUGACUUUCUUAUGACCAUGAAAAAAUAUGCUAAGAUUCUUUAUGACCUAGUUUUAAAGGAUAGUUUGUUAUAAAUUUAAAGACUCUAGCUACAAUAAAAUCACAGGUAGUUGGCCCCAUCCUUCCCAUUUUACCACAGUAUUCUAGAGUUCUCUCACCACAUUUUGAAAUACCUUCGUGGAAUUUUGAAAUUCGUUACUUGCGUAGUUCUUUGAGGCUGCAUCAGUGCUAGAAGAGGAGUUAUGAAACAUAGCUGUGCACUUCCCCUUAGUUAGUUCUUCACCAUGUUGAACAGAAGAUGUGUGCGUGUUUGGUGUCUAAAUACAGAAUGCCUAUAGAUUGUACCUACAAGUUGUAUAUCCGACGAAUUCCUCCACAAGCAGGAAAUAAGUAUGAUUAAUCAGAAGAAUAAAAGGCACUGCUGGAUGUUGUUUGAAAGGAAUCCUUUAUGGGGGGCUGAUUUGCAAGGCUGGAGCACAAAGACAGCGAUUGUUACCCAAUAAGCAGUAGUCACACACUUCUACCAAUCGCCUUAGGAGGGCUGGUUACCAUGGAAUCCACCAUCUGUUCACUCCCCGCCGGAAUGUGAUUAUCCUUGCUGGGCUGGAAACCGGGAGCGUGUGCUGUGUGAAAUUAUCUGCAAUGGACUGGGUUAAUGGGAGGCUAGAUUUGGCUCACUAGAAGAACAAAUGAAGGGAGUUUUACUUCUUAACCAUUUGUGACUUCUAACCAAGAGGAAUAAAUUCAGCUUUUAUAAGGCAGCAGUACCUGUCCAAAGAUCACUAUAGUUUCACCUUGCUUGAAAAGCAGCACAACCGCACUGAUUGAUCAGAAUGUAUAUGAUGAAGAGGCUCAGGGAAUAAAUGGGAAAACUCCAGCAAAACACUCAGCUGCAAGUCCAAAGCCACAAGUGCCUCCAAAGCCACUACACCUGCAGAAUUCACCUUCGUCCAAUAUACACCAAACCCCCAGGCAUAAAGCUUUAUCUAGUGCAAAACCAAGGAUGGAGGAAGUUAAACCUGCCUCUGCUUCUUGUGUCUCAAAAGAAAAACCCAGUAAGAUAUCAGAUCUCAUCAGUCGCUUUGAAGGAGGCAGCUCAUUAUCAAAUUACAGUGAUUUGAAAAAAGAUUCUGCUGUGAACCUAAAUGCUCCUAGAACCCCGAGAAGGCAUGGAUUGACAACCACACCCCAGCAAAAACUCCUCUCCCAACACUCACCACAGAAGCAGGGAAAUGAUACAGAUCAGUCUCAGGGUGCACAGACUUGUGUGGCUAACGGUAUGGUAGCAGCACAAAACCAGAUGGAAUGUGAGGAGGAUAAAGCGGCCACUCUUAGCCCAGAUACUCCUAUUCAAACUUCUGAGCCCUUGCCCGAUACACACUUAGUGAAUGGAGAAAGACAGGAAACAGCCACAGACCCUGCAUCCCCCACAACAAAUGACUGUGAUGAAAAUGCUUCUGACAGUAGCUGCAGGACUUUACAUGUCGGCCCACGGCUCCCCCUGGAAGAAGGAAGGGCAGACACAGAAGCCAAGGUACAAGAGAGGGAAGAUGGAGAAAGCCCCCUAGAACUGGAACAGCUGGACCAGCACCAUGAGAUGAAGGAGACUAAUGAGCAAAAACUUCACAAAAUAGCCAAUGAACUUUUGCUUACAGAAAGAGCUUACGUCAGCCGACUUGACCUCUUAGAUCAGGUAUUUUAUUGCAAACUACUGGAAGAAGCAAAUCGAGGCUCGUUUCCAGCAGAGAUGGUGAAUAAAAUCUUUUCUAAUAUUUCAUCAAUAAAUGCCUUCCAUAGUAAAUUCCUAUUGCCAGAGCUGGAGAAAAGAAUGCAAGAAUGGGAAACUACCCCUAGAAUUGGUGACAUCCUUCAGAAAUUGGCCCCAUUCCUUAAGAUGUAUGGAGAAUAUGUGAAGGGAUUUGAUAACGCAAUGGAAUUGGUUAAAAACAUGACAGAGCGUAUUCCCCAGUUCAAAUCAAUAAUUGAAGAAAUUCAGAAACAGAAGAUCUGUGGGAGCUUGACUUUGCAGCAUCACAUGCUAGAACCUGUUCAGCGGAUUCCCCGGUAUGAGAUGCUCCUUAAGGACUACCUAAGGAAAUUGCCCCCUGGUUCUCCGGACUGGAAUGAUGCUAAAAAAUCACUUGAAAUUAUAUCUACAGCAGCAAGUCAUUCUAAUAGUGCAAUAAGAAAAAUGGAGAACCUAAAGAAACUCUUAGAGAUUUAUGAAAUGUUGGGAGAAGAAGAAGACAUUGUAAAUCCUUCAAAUGAACUAAUAAAAGAAGGACAGAUCCUCAAACUAGCUGCUCGGAACACAUCGGCACAAGAACGCUACCUUUUCUUAUUCAACAACAUGUUGCUGUACUGCGUGCCAAGAUUCAGCUUGGUGGGCUCUAAAUUCACAGUUCGAACCAGGGUUGGCAUUGAUGGAAUGAAAAUUGUAGAGACUCACAAUGAGGAAUAUCCACACACUUUCCAGGUAUCUGGGAAAGAGAGAACACUGGAACUGCAAGCCAGUUCUGAGCAAGACAAAGAAGAAUGGAUCAAGGCACUUCAAGAGACUAUUGAUGCUUUCCAUCAGAGGCAUGAAACCUUCAGAAAUGCAAUUGCCAAGGAUAAUGACAUUCACUCAGAGGUUUCUACUGCUGAGCUAGGAAAAAGAGCCCCAAGAUGGAUCCGAGAUAAUGAAGUUACAAUGUGUAUGAAAUGCAAGGAGCCUUUUAAUGCCCUGACGAGGAGAAGGCAUCAUUGUCGAGCAUGUGGACAUGUGGUUUGUUGGAAGUGUUCUGAUUAUAAAGCUCAACUUGAGUAUGAUGGUGGUAAAUUGAGCAAAGUUUGUAAAGACUGUUAUCAGAUAAUAAGUGGAUUCACAGACAGUGAAGAAAAGAAAAGAAAAGGAAUUUUAGAGAUCGAAUCUGCAGAAGUGUCUGGAAACAGUGUGGUGUGCAGUUUUCUUCAAUAUAUGGAAAAGUCAAAACCUUGGCAGAAAGCUUGGUGUGUGAUCCCCAAACAAGACCCUCUUGUGCUGUACAUGUAUGGUGCCCCCCAGGAUGUCAGAGCCCAGGCCACUAUUCCACUCCUGGGCUACAUUGUGGAUGAUAUGCUGAGGAGUGCAGACCUGCCACACAGUUUCAAACUGACCCAGUCCAAGUCUGUGCACAGCUUUGCUGCAGACAGUGAAGAACUGAAACAGAAGUGGCUGAAAAUCAUCCUUUUAGCUGUCACAGGUGAGACGCCAGAUGGCCCUAGUAAGCAUCCAGCCACUUUGGACGAUCAUCCUGAACCUAAGAGAAAAUCAGAAUGCUGAGUUCCAGGGCCUACUGCAGUAUGGAGGGGGGUCUCAAGAUUUACAGCUCAAAACAUUCUCAGCUCUCCUUUUUCAUCUCUUAGCACUUUAUGUUGAAAAAUACAGGCUCAUAAAUGCAUCUUUGGGGGGACUAUUUUCCUAUGUUUAUGUACACUUACUGAAAUUAAUGUGUAGAGCCAUUCUACCCAUAAAGUUUGAAAUAAUGUGAAAAAUAGAGCAUUUUUUAAUGAGCUAUUCCUUGAAUAUGUACUUUUGUCUUGGAAAAAACUGGUAUCAAUUCUAUCACUUCAGGUUAGAAAAGGCCACUUUCAUUUAAGAAAUCCUUUAAUGUCUUCACUUACACAUGUAGGAUUUAUAACAGUUUGAAAGAUAUACCUCCAUGUUGCCAAAAUAGAUCCACGUUAAAAAUAAAAAAUACAGGGACAGUUUAGGCUAUUAACUUAUUUAAUUUAGUUUAUAAAGCUCAAGCUGCAUAAAUGAUGUACAUUCUUUUAAAACAAAAGAAAAAGAACAAAUUGUUGGUAUUCAAACUUUCAACUUAUUAAGAUACUUGUUUUUGUAGAAAUACUUCUAAGAAUAAAAUAUCUUAAGUAUAUAGCAAUUAUGUAUAUAUAGUAUUAAAUACAAAUAUAUAUAUAUAUAUAUAUACACACACACAUUAUACAUGCUUUUCUCUUCAACUUUAGGUUCAUAUUUGUCUCUAAUUUAUUUUUUAAAUACACAGCAUGUUUUAUCUUGGAAUUGACCAGUGUUCUAAACUUAAGAAAUGUUUUUGGUGAUUUAUGUUUAACUGAUUGACAUCUAAGGGUCUUGAUAUUUUUAUAAUAAAAAGCUGUAAUUUAUGUGGCAUGGGAUAUAUUAGUGAAUUCCAACAGUAUUUUUAAAGUAGUAUUUUUCUUUGUUCUGUGCCUAUUUAAAACAGUGCCUCUCUUUGAAGGUGCUAAUAAUACCUACUUAAAUAUAAGAUGAGGGUUUAAUUAAUGCUUCAGUCUUGAUUAUUCUGAGAUAAGUGCAUUUUGGUCACUGGGAUGGUCAAGUCAUACAGGUUAUUUUACCUUUUACAAUCCUCUAAUUGUUGCAGCAGUUAAUAUCAGCAUGUACAAGAUACCUGACCUUACACAGAACUGGGACAUAUGGAAACUACAUUUAUUGUUAUGUUUUUCUUUCCCAUAAGACUGUUAAUUGUGGUUAAAUGAGGACUAUAUAUAAUUAACACUUAAGAUAACUGUGUGGGCCUAUUCGUUUGUCAGAUAUGAAACAAAAUUCACAUGGGAUAACCUAUGAUUGAGGGGGAUGGAUAGGUAAUUAAGAAAGUUUAUCCUCAACUCUUUAAACCACCUCAUUAAAGAAGAGUGGGGAAAAAUACAAUAUAAAAAAGCAAUAUUUUAAUGGCAGGUUUUUCUGGGGGGUACAGGAUGAUUGACGACAGUUUGAGCAUUCUUUUCCCUUUUAUCCUCUGGGGAAUUUUAAUAGACAAAAUGUGAUUCCUUGUCACAAAGGCUGCUUUUUAUUAUAUUGUAAUUGUGAUUAAAAUCUCACAUUAAGUUGGCUAUUUAAGUUCAUCCUUUCCUCAAAAUUAGAUAUCUCUCUCUUUUUUUGUUUUUCUCAUUUACUCUGUCAUUUUCCAAAUAUUGUCACUUUUUAAUGCAUCUGUCUGCUAGAAAUCGACAAGAAUGGCCCCACUAUCCUCGGCCUUUGAGGAUUACACCUUAAAUGUAGAUUAGCUUCACUCAGAAUUUGAGAUUGCCACAGAUCUAUUCAGGCCCUGUUUUUUUUUAAGAAAUAUUUGAAGUAUCUCUUUUCUUCCCCCCACACCCCUAAGGAGCAGAUAAACUAAUUAUAGUGGGCAUGAUUAGGUUGCCUUCGUCUGUAAAAGGAACACCAGCCAUGAUCCAUCAACAUUAAACCAAAUACUUAGAGCCAAAAAAAGAUAAAGGUAGCUUCUUAGGCCCUAUUAAAUUAAGGACAAAUUUUUAAUUUUUUACAUUGAUUCUCUUUUCUAGUUGCCAACCGUGUGUGUGUUUGUGUUCAGGGGUGGUUAUUGAGGUUGAACUACGGCUCUAGGUGAUGCUUUGGUUUUCUUAAUCUCAAGAAAAGAGAAGCAAUAAAAAUGUAGAAUGAUUAACAGGAGAAGGUGACUUCUGUAAAUGUGGAUAGAAAAAUGGAAAUGUAAAAGCCAAUUAGAAGAUUUACGAGCCAGAUUAUUUUUGAAAACAAUUUUGAACAACAAGAAGAUUACACUUUCCCUACAAAUAAGUUCUGCUGGAAUGGAAGUAACAUGAACACAUUCAAGCUUUGGCUCAAUAAAUAUCAAAUGUUAUUUAAUUUAGAUUAUUUAAAGAAUACUCAUGUAAAGAGAAUAUUUAUUAUCAUGCUCUUAACAUUAUCUUUAAUUUGUUUUAAAAAAUAGAAAUAUUAGUAUUAGAAGAGAAUUUCUGCUUGUCCAGUCACCAUCUUCACAUUCCACAUGUUCUUUUGCCAAGCACAAAGAGAAGCAAUGAAGCAGCCUUACCUGUUUCUUAUUAAAGAAUCAUGAAUGCUUUUACUUGGAGAAAGGCAAAGGAAUACUCUUAGCCAUUUAGAAACACUCAACCAAAAGACCUCAAAAUGUGAUUGUCUGCUUACAAGAAUAAUCUGUCUUUUGCUUUCUGAGACACCUGAGCAGUCAUGACAAAUUGAACCUAGAAAAAUAAUUGGUUGUUUUACUAUUAAAACCAACAUUCCAUUCUGGUCUUAUUCUUUAUUUUCUCUAAAUCAUCUUUUUUUUAAAGUGCCCUUUCUCUAAACUUAACAAAAUACUUCUUUGAUAAAACUGCUAUUUUUUAUAAAACAUUCCAGUUUUCUCAACAUAAAUUUUGCUUUAUUGAAAGUCUACCAAUGAAAUGUAGUGCAGACUUAUCUCCAGGUUUUAAGUGGGACCCAAUAAUGAAAAAUGCCACCAGCCACUUUUGUAAUAAUGGCAUCUAUAAUGCCAUUAUGUAUGCAAGCAAUAAAACUCUACAGGGUAGGUUUUACACUGAACUUUUAAUGUGAAUGUUCCUAGCCACAAGGGUAUAGAAAAUUAACUCCUAGGAGUGAUACUGUGAUUCAAAUUGCUCAGUACAGGGAAAAGAACGUAUGUGUGGCGGGGGGUGGGGUGGGGGAGGGACAACAUUAUUCCUUGGAUUCAAGUAACCAUCAAAAUCCUUUUUAUUUUACUUUAAAGUUUUUUAAAGCCUUUUUUUUUUUUUGCAAAGAGUAUGUAUGGGUGGUUAAAAACAGUUAAAGCACAUCUGCACUACACAUUUCAUUUUCCAUGAAGUUUAAUAUAGCUUGGUGUACUUAUACUCACUGGGUAAGCUACCCAAAUUAAAACAACAACAACAACAGUUUUUUUAAAUUACCACACUUUUUAUUGUCUUUGUGGAAACAGGAAACAGAUCUAAAUUCCCCUAUAAAUUUUAGAUCUCAUUUCUGGUUAUACUCAAAGCCUUAAGUUCUUAUUCUGAGCAUAUGUAAUAAUGAUUUUCCUGAGCUGGAUAUAUCCUGAGGAAAAGACACCAACAGGAGCAAAUAAACUUCUAGGGAACAAAGGUCUUUUUUUCUUUUUUUUUUUUUCUUUUCCAGGUAUCCUUGCUAUAAUGCACAGUAGAAAAUACAUUAAAUCUUUCUACAUCACAUAAUGUUCCUGUUAGCGGAUCUAAGAUUAAUCACAUGGUAUUUAUAAGCUAAAAUUAAUUCAAAAGGCAAGAAUGUCGUAAUGUCUUCAUUCUUAACUUUUGUAUUCUUCAAGAAUAUAUUAAUAUAAAAUCUGUGGCUAACCUGUUCUUAUUCUUAGGACUAUACUGGACAUCUGUAGUGGAUCAUGUUACUUUUUCAUUCUCAUCCAAUUUUAGUAAAAUCAAAUUGCUUUUUAUUUUCAUAUUACUAUCUACUAUAGAGUCUCCAGAUUUAGAAAAUAGGAGUAUGAUAUAUAAAAGACCACUAGAUAUACUUUUAAAACCCUUUCUCUGACUUUAUGCAUACAUGUAUAUAUGUAAAAGCAAUGUUGAUUUCCAAUUCUGUUUUUCCAUAGGAAUGAAAUUUUUAUAGAAAGUAUUCUUUUUAACUUAAAUAUUUUAACAUAAAUUAUAUACAUGGAUUUUUAGUAUAAUUCAUUCUUAUGUAUGCCCUGUAAUCAUGUUGUCAUGAAAGGGUAACUUUGCUUUCUUUACUGAUGUGGUAGAGAGGAAUAAGAUUAGGAACUGAAAUAAGCAAGGACAGACAGAGAGGUGGACAGAAAGAGUCCCUUGGACUCCAAAUCAGAGCAAUAUAUGCUAAGAUAAAUGAAAAACACUUAAACUGCAGAGGGAUAUAAACUACAAGAUGUAAAUCUAUGUAAUUGCACACUGAUGGGAUCCAUUACACCUGGGCCUUUCACCUUGCCCUCUAAAUUAUACCACUAGUAUCUUGUCAUUACUUUUUCUUUAGACCUAAAAAAAAGAAAUAAUUCUAUUGGACUAUUUUCUGCACUGUUUACUGACAUAAAAAAUCCCUCUAAAGUCAAUCAUGGUCUGUAUUCUACUUUAUGGACUGAACAUUUGGCAGAAAAUAGUGUCUUUUCUGUCUUUUGAGAUGAAAUAGCACAUGGCUUCUACAAGAUAGUUUUUAACUCAUUGGGGGGUCACUGAGAGUUACAUGAUGUUUACCCCUUCCUAAAAUUCAUUAUAGAUUGAAUUAGUGUGAUUAGGUAGAUUUAGUGAGAAAUUAAAUCAAGAAAUAUUGUAGCAUAUUUGAAUAAGUAAAUAUCAAAUACAUAGAGUGAUAUAUAUAUAUAUAUGUGUGUGUGUAUAUAUAUAUAUAUAUAUAUAUAUAUAUAUAUGGGUUUGGGAAGAGACAUAAUAGUCUAUGGGGACCAUUAUGAUAACAGAAUUACAUUGUAUAUUACACAUUAUAUGGAUGUUGAAAUGUAUCGCUUGGGGAGGGGUGUCUCCCUUCAUUAGCAAUCAUGUCUGUAUAUAAAACUUUGGAGGUUCUUGUUUGUUGUAUCAAACUAGCAUUUCAUUUUAUGAGUGACAAUUGACUGAUAUUCUUGAAUAAGUGUUAUCUGGGUUUUUGAAUUGUUGACUGAUCAAUUUGAAAUGUAUAUUAGCAAAAUUUUAGAAUUAACUCAAAUGUGAGAAAGUAUACACAAAAAGUAAUUUUUCUCUUCUAGCUAUAUGAAUGUAAAAUACUUGCAGAUAGUGUAUAUAUUGUGUAACAUAUGUAUAUUUGGUCAUAAAGGCAGAGAAUUGGAAACAUUGUAAAAUUAAGCACUUUAAUUCCUAUUAAAUAUUAAAUACUUGUAUCUUGUAAAUAAAUACAUCUUUAAAUGAA